AUGCAAAAUACCCUGGAACUUCCGGAAGACCAGAGGCGGCAGCACGCAGAGCGCAUUCUGGGAGCGGAGCGCGGCGAAAUGGUGGGCGGUCGGCGCGGCGAGCGCGUCCUGCUGGACACAGGAAUGAAGCUUGGGAUGUCCGCGCCGCCGCUCAGCUCGGGGCCGAGCAUGGCGGUGGUGAACAUGUCGUUCUACCGCUGGGAGAGCGUCGCGGCCCCGCCCGUCGUCGACUGGCGGAAGACCGUCGCCAUCACGCCCAUCCAGACGCAGUUCAUGGUGGGUACUCCGCUCGCCCCUCGCUCGCCUGGUUACGUCACUGCUACUAUGCCUGUUCAGCCCCCGUCCUCGCUGCUUAAUUUUCCUCCCACCCCUUCGCAGUGCUCAAGCUGCUGGGCGAUCGCAGCCGUCGAUUCCAUCGCCAUAAUGUGGGCGAUCGCCAACAACGGUGUCGGGACGAAUCUGUCGCCGCAGCAGGUGUGCGACUGCGCGACGAAGCAGUGCUGCCAGGGCGGGUGGCCCGAGUGGGCCUUCUCCUACGUGCUCUUCAACGGCGGCAUCACGUCCAACGCCAACUACCCCUACCUCGCCUACGAUUCCGCCACGUGUCUGCUCGACACAUCCAUGUCGUCCGUGGCACAGAUCACGGGGUGGGAGCUGGUGCCGGCAUUCAACGCCAUGGCGCUCAUGAAGGCCGUCAGCAUGCAGCCCGUCGUCGCCUUCAUCAGCGCCUCCGCCGCCGACUUCACCGCUUACUCAAGCAAUGGCGUGCUGAACAUUUACAACGGGCUGUGCACGACUGACGUGAACCACGCGGUGGUGGUGGUGGGCUUUAACUACACGGGGCCGGACCUCAAAGGCAGCUAUUGGAUCAUCAAGAACUCGUGGUACGCCACGUGGGGCGACCGCGGCUACAUGUACCUCGCCAUGACGCCCGACGUGCGCGGGAAAUGCGGCAUCCUAUCAACCCCCGCCAUGUACCCCGUCUACUUCCCAUCCGGGCAGCAGCCGGCGCGCUUUGCGUCUGACAAGCGCGGCAAGUGGAAAAUCAACAAAGUGGACGACCUCUCGUCGUCGCUCUUCUCCUCCACCCUCUCCCUUUCAACCACCAGCAUCAGCACCACCACCACCACAACUACUUCGUCGACUGACUUCUCUUCAUCAACAGACUUCGCCAUCGCAGCUAUCACCGUUCCGACGAUCUCCGAUUCUUCCUCGCUACUCAUUGGUUCCACCACUGAUUCGUCUGCGACCAAGACGACCACGCUGAGUACGACGUGCGUCGGGAUGAUCAACCCGUGCGGCGGGGGCAGUUGUUACAUCAGCGGCGGGAUUCCGCGGUGCAACUGCAGCGCGAUGGCGAAUAUGGUCGAGGUGUUGGGAGUGCCCACGUCCAAGUGCGUGCCGCGAAGUCCCUGCACGACGGCUUCUGUGAAUCCCUGCGGCGGCGGAACGUGCACGGAUGUGGGUGACGGGACGUACACGUGCGCGUGCUCUGCUGGUUACGCCAUCGGCGCUGCUGUCGAUGGUUCGCCAACCAACCCUGGCUUAUCGUGCAAGCGUUUGUUCAAGUCGGAGCAGAUUUGCCUCCAAAUGGUGACCGCAUCGUCAACAUCGUCGGCUGUACAGUGCGGGCAAAGCGUCGCUGUGGUCAUGGGAGACACGUGCGCAUCGGUUGCCCUUAAAUAUUCUGUCGACACUGCAACUUUCGCCUCGCUCAACCCAGGUGUCAACUGUAACAGCAAUCUUGCAGUGGGAUCAUACGUCUGUGUGGCGCCAACAUCACCUGCGACCACCAUCAACUGCACGGGGCGGUACCGGGUGAUGCAGGGCGACACAUGCCCCUCCAUCUGGAAUGCAGCCAACCUCACCAUGUCCAUGUUCCAAGCCAUCAACCCGGGCAUUCAGUGCCAGGCGCCCUACCUGGUGGUGGGCCAGCAAGUCUGCAUUGACUCACCCAUCCUCACCACCAUGCAGCGAAACCCAAACGCCAACUACUCCAUCUACACCGUCCGUGCGAAUGACACUCUCUCCACCAUCUCCUCCCUCUACCUCCCCCGCUGCACAAAGCUCUCCGUGACCCCCGCUGCCAUCGCUGCACAAAACUACCUCACCAACCUCUCUGCACCACUCCCCAUCGGCAUGAACCUCAUCAUCCCCUGUAUGGGCGGCAUCGGUAUGAUUGACGGCGGUUGUGCAACGUCUCUCACGGUGUGCGGAUCAGAUUUCGUCUCGUACCCGUCAUACUGCCAUGCAGCCGUGAACUACGCCCUUCCAGUUUUCCAAUAUAGCCCGUGUGACAAGUGUGGGGCCGCAUGCCCUGGCCGCAUGGGGUUGACCCCGCUCACUGGGUUCGGCUGCACGCAAGCCGUCUGCCCGUAUCCAGCCUGGGGUGCCUGUGGGGGCCGCCGCAUCUGCUUCGUUGCUGCUUGCAUGGCUGUUGGCAUAUGCGUGCAUGGGGUGUUAGGGUGCAUGGGGUGUUAG